AUGAGAUGCAAAUAUCAGUUUGACGACGGAUCAAAUAAGUUUAUCCCUCACCCAUUUCAACAGAAAACAGGAUACAAUCCUUCUCUUGCUAAUAAUGCAAUUGAAGACUACAUCUUCGCUACUAAGAUUGAAAUUGGAAAAUUAAAUACUAAAAAAAUCAAAUCAAAUAUAUCCAUCAAAGAAAAAAUAGCACUAUCGACCUUAAGGAAUAACAAGAAUAUCAUAAUAAAAAAAGCAGAUAAGAAUUCAUCGACAGUGAUACUGGACAAAGAUAAAUAUGACAAAUUAGCCAUGGAUCAUUUGAAUGACCCAAUUCACUAUGAACAGGUGGAUAAAUCAGACUUUGAAGAACUUAUAAAGAUUCUCAAUGAAAAAAUAAACAAUCUGUACCGGAAAUCUUACAUUGACGAUACUACUCUAAAAUAUCUAUCAAUUCCAAAAAAUACAAGACUUGGAAGACUAUAUUUCCUACCAAAAAUUCACAAAGUGAAUGACCAAGACAGAAAUCAACUAAAAGUUAACAAAGAGUGGCUAGACAAUAUUAAUAUUACGGGUAGACCUAUUGUAUCAUUAUGCAAUAGUCCACUUGAAAAAGUAGGGACGUUCCUCGAUUAUUUCAUUAACCCGGUGGUAAAACAACAAUGGACCUACACUAAAGACACCACUGACUUUAUUAAUAAACUAGAAAAAAUCAAACUUCCUCAGGAAAUAAUUAUGUGUUCAUUUGAUAUUUCUUCUAUGUACACAAAUAUGCGUCAUGAAGAAAUUAUUGAGGCGGUGGAUCGUGCUUGGCCUAAACUAAAUAAAUGUGUAUAUGAAAUCCAACUUCCACCUAAAACAGAAUUUUUGGAACUACUAAAAAUAGUUCUUCAAAAUAAUAUUUUUGAAUUUCACGGAAAUAUUUUUCGGCAGAGAGUGGGUGUCCCAAUGGGACUAUCAACCGCACCAUGCCUAACAGAUCUAAGAAUGUUUGAAAUAAUAUCAGACAUACUAAAUCGAUUCCAAUAUUCGGAGGACAUCCUAAUGAUCUCAAUUUACAGGGACGAUGGGUUUAUAAUUUUUAAUAAAUCUGAAAGACAUUUCAUGGAAUUUAUAAAAAUUGCUAAUAGCGUUCAUCCAUUAAUUAAGUUCACACACACCAUUUCAAAUACUGAAAUACAGUUCCUAGACGUAACAAUAUAUAAGGGGAAGAGAUUCUUGGAAGACAACAUUUUGGAUGUUAAACUAUACCGGAAACCUACAGAUAACUUCCAAUACCUAGACAAAACCUCCUCUCAUCCUAAUGCAGUCUUCAAAGGAUUCAUUAUUGGGGAAACAAUAAGAAUAAUAAGAUCGUCUAACAAUGAAAUCGACAGAAAACAGGAAAUAGAUCUUUUCAAAAAUAAAUUAAUACAAAGAGGAUAUAAAGAAAGUCAAAUUGAACCGAUUAUGAAGGAAACAUUAAAAAGAUCUAGACAUGGUACAUUGAUUUAUAAAAAGAAGAAAAAACGUAUAGCGCCACCUCUAGUGUUGGCAACUAGAUACAAUCCGUUGUUUAAACAACUUGGCAGACUGAUAAGAAAACACUGGCACAUCAUUGAGAAAAAUAAAACUGCAAAACAACUAUUCCCAAAACCACCUAUAAUUGCAUAUAAACGACAUAAAAAUCUAAAGGAAUAUCUUACAUCAUCAAAACUAUAA